GCUCUUGAGCGAUCACGUGGUGAAUUUAGGACUCUCUCAAGAGGCAUUGAUUUCUGGGGGUGAACCUGCGCCGGUAUAGUUUGUGACUAUCACGCCACGGAUAUCAAAACAUCGCCGUCAAACGGCGUCUGACAAGGGCUGUAUAUCUUCCAGCAGCCUCCAUAAACACGGAAUGGCUUAUCCGGCCAGUGAGACAUUCCAGGCCAAUUUCUCCCUUUCCGCAGGCAAAAAUGACUUCGCUCUGGGAGUGAGUCCACCGGCCGGUAUGGACGGAUACUGGCUGCAACCUUUCCACGAUCUCAAACCGCGCGGGGAGGCAGGGGGGUGGCACCUGCCCGGACUGUGUAUGCCAAAAGGCGAAGCCCACGCGGACGGUCUGCGGUUGGGCCCCCUGGGGUACCCCUGUCGGGAGGGCAAGGACAUGAACUUGACUGACACCCGUAGAAUCCUGCCCUCCACCUUCCACCCGUUUUACGAUGUCAGUGCAGGUGCUCAUCACCGGGACCAGAUCGCCAGAGCGCAGCUACACAACACCGCUGCCGCCGCUUACGACUCCUCCAAGUGUUGCCAACCACAGAUGAACAACGUCUGCACCUACACCUCUGCUUCCACCGCCGAACGGAGCGAACAGGUGAGCCAAGCCUGGGACGGACAGGGAUGCCAGCCGGCCGAAGGACCACCGACGCCCGCCCAGGGCAACAACUCGUCCGGUGACGUGACGUCCAACUGGAUGAGUGCAAAGAGCACACGGAAGAAGCGUUGCCCCUACACCAAGUACCAAACCCUGGAGCUAGAGAAGGAGUUUCUCUUCAACAUGUUCGUGACAAGAGAACGGAGACAGGAGAUUGCCAGACAACUCAACCUCACUGAUAGGCAGGUGAAGAUUUGGUUCCAAAACCGCCGCAUGAAAAUGAAGAGAAUGAAGCAGCGUGCCAUGCAACAGCUUAUGGAGGAGAAACAGCAACAACAACAACAACAGCAUCCAUCGCAGCAGCCCACCCAACACUUACAACAGGUCCAGCAGAUCCCUCAACCAUGAUCGCGCGCAUAUCAACGCUUCUUUUGCUACGUCCAACCGUCUCUUAUCGUCAACAAAACGUGCUGCUUGAUUUUGUACAUUGUAUACCACCGUCCAUAUCAUGAUGCGUUGAAACUAGGAGAACGUACUACGAUUAAAGUAAAAAUGGGUUUAAAAACACAGGAAUUGUAAGCCCGUGAAAUAUGGGAAAGGCUGUAUGUUAAAUCCUUGGAAAAUGUGAUAUGGAAAUAGAAAAAUGAAGAAAUUGACGUCUUCCUGUGAAAUUUUUCAUUCCGUGAAUGUUUUAGCAUGAAAUGUGUAGUGAAGACGGGAUAGGGUAUUUUGAUUGCAAGGUGCCAUGUGCUGAUAUGUGUUUACUGUAUGUAUACCUUGCUUUCCUGCAACAAAACAAAAAAUCUAUGUUUAUAGUAAGAUAACUGCCAUGUGUAAAUACGUUGAUAGCAUAUAUAUUCCGUGUCCACAUAAUUGUACUUAUUUCAUUUAUAUGUAUUUCAUGAGAACAAGAUAGUCUACAAGCAUAUUGUCUAAACACAAUGGGAAUACUUACUUUUAACCAGAAUCUACAUGUAUUUUAUGUACUUAUGUCCUUUUUUCAUGCAAUGCGAUCAUAUCUAUAUACAUAUAUAUAUUCUACGGAUGCAUUUUAACGUUGUCGCUGUAUAUCACAUUGAAUUGAUAUAAAAGUAUAAAAUCCAUUUUAAAAAUAUACAAAAAAAAAACACGAAAACACACCACCAGUUAUACUACUUUGCGGAAAUGAAAAGCAGACGAGAAUGCAGUUUUGUUAUUUCAAAGGUACAAAGCAGAAGUGUGUGCGCUUUUAGUGGUGUUAAUACUAAGCGUUGUUCUGUCCACUAUACAGUCUAUGUAGGGACGAAACUGUUGUGUCUCAGGGUGUACAUAUCCCAAAAUGGGAAAAUGCCAAAAAUAUCCUCUUCAUUAAAAUGUUAGCUACUUUUGGUAUAGGUUAUUAAUGUUUAUAUGUGUCAUCGUGAUCAUAUACGGAAAUAAGGGUAUUUCAGAUUCUUCUUUUGCUUCUAUCUGUAGUGAAAUAUAAAGCAUAGGUAUCAAGUAAAUUUUGUAUCGUAACUUUUAGAGUAAAAUGUACAUGCUGUCUUACAAUCAUAAAGCUACUACUACCUAUAGGAAUAAAGUUUUCUGUGCACAGAGUAUACACGUAUAAAAUUGCACGAGUCUAUUAUAUCUGUAUCAAAAUUAGAAUCUAGUGUGUUAAUGUAUUAUUUUCCUUUUGCACUUCUCUUGGCUGCUUCUGUAUAUACUAUAUACGUUUAAUCCAUACUUUAUCUUAUUCAACUUUUGAACUGUGCGGAGAAAUAGUCAUUUCUCA